AUCACCCCCCAAAAUAUAACUCAGAGAGAGAAACAGAACACAACUAGAAGUAGUACUCAACAGAGGAAGAGAGAAGCUUUAAGAUGGUUGAGUUCACGAGCUUUAACCUAAGCCCUCUGCAACUAGUCCCCUGAAACCAAAUCACCAAAAAAAAAAAACAAAGAAAGAAAAAAACCCAGAAUUAUUUCAAAGCAAAAACUCAAAAAGCUUGCAUCUUUGAUCAAAGAAGAGAAAACCCACCAUUUUUGAGGUGGGUGGAAGCUUCACGGGGUCGUCACACAUCUCAGUCUCUAUCUUCUACCACCCACCCAAAACCAAAACCACCCUUUUCCCAUCAAUCCAGUGGUCCACUUCCCGCCACGUCACCGCCGGCCUGAUCAAUUCUCUUGGCCAUCGUCAUCAUCAGCAGCGGUGUCUAUAAUGUAAUAGAGAAAGGAAAGCUCGCAGCUUUGUGGAGGGAGUGAAUUGGGUUUCUGGGUUGUUGUGUAUAGUUGAGAUCUUUUGUUGUGUUUAUAUAUAGAGUUAUAGAGUUUGGAGAUGGAUCGUUCUAUGCUGACAGUUGGGCCGGGUAUGGAUAUGCCGAUUAUGCACGACAGUGAUCGGUACGAGCUUGUUAAAGAUAUCGGGUCGGGUAAUUUUGGGGUGGCCCGGCUCAUGAGGGACAAGCAGACUGAGGAGCUUGUUGCUGUCAAGUACAUAGAGAGAGGUGAGAAGAUUGAUGAAAAUGUACAGAGAGAAAUUAUAAACCACAGGUCAUUGAGGCAUCCUAACAUUGUUCGAUUCAAAGAGGUGAUAUUGACACCAACUCAUCUUGCUAUUGUGAUGGAAUAUGCAUCUGGAGGAGAGCUGUUUGAGCGGAUAUGCAACGCAGGGCGGUUCAGUGAGGAUGAGGCACGCUUCUUCUUUCAACAACUCAUAUCAGGAGUCAGCUACUGUCACGCGAUGCAAGUGUGCCAUCGAGACCUGAAGUUGGAGAACACAUUGUUAGAUGGAAGUCCUGCUCCUCGUUUAAAAAUAUGUGACUUUGGCUAUUCAAAGUCUUCAGUGCUACAUUCGCAACCAAAAUCAACUGUUGGAACCCCUGCAUAUAUUGCUCCAGAAGUGUUACUUAAGAAAGAAUAUGAUGGCAAGAUUGCAGAUGUCUGGUCAUGUGGGGUGACCUUAUAUGUCAUGUUGGUGGGUGCAUACCCAUUUGAGGAUCCUGGGGAGCCUAAGAACUUCCGCAAGACAAUACAUCGUAUAACGAGUGUUCAGUACUCAAUUCCCGAUUAUGUUCAUAUAUCUCCAGAGUGCCGUCAUCUGAUCUCAAGAAUUUUUGUGGCGGAUCCAGAGAAGAGGAUAACAAUUCCUGAAAUUAGGAACCACGAGUGGUUUCUAAUGAAUCUUCCAGCAGAUCUCAUGGUUGAAAACACCAUGAACAGCCAGUUUGAAGAACCUGAUCAACCCAUGCAAAGCAUAGAUGAGAUCAUGCAGAUAAUUGCUGAGGCUACAAUACCGGCUGCUGGGACCAACAAUCUCAACCAGUAUCUUGCUGGCAGCCUGGACAUUGACAACAUGGAGGAGGAUCUUGAUACAGAUCCUGACGACCUUGACAUCGACAGCAGUGGGGAAAUAGUGUAUGCAAUUUGAUAUUAUUUUCAGUCACAAGGCUGCAGCUAUAGGGUUGGACUAAGGGCUUUUAACCUUCCGUGGCAGCGGAGGGUUCUGGUUGGAAAUAUUUCUUUCCUGUUUUUAGAGUCUGUCCUCCUGGCUUGUGUUUCUGUUUUCUUUUCUCAUCUUUUUUUCAGCGAUCUACUUUUGUUCAUUUGUAAUGCUUUGAUCUGCCACUAAUUACUAGUGGCAUUUAUGUAUUGCUUAUGUACUUGUCACAACUCACAAGUAAUGUAACAAGUGGUACCUACUGUUGCUGAAAAUGUAUAAUUGGCUGACCCUUUCUAUA